AUGGCGAAAAGUAUUCGAGCCAGUGUCUCCAAGCGCAACCGGGCUAAUCUUCGCAAGAAGAUCGCUGGCCCGGCAGUCGACGCUCGAACCGAACGACUCGCCGCCAAACUACAGGAACUUGCCUCGCAGCCCAAGCCUCAAGCCCCCGUGAAGUCGGAAAUGGAAUUGGGCGCCGGUAAAACCGCCGAUCAAACCCAAGGCGACGAUAAAGCUACUGCGACCGGUGAAGAGAUGGACGUCGAUACCAAACUCAAGAGCCAAAAGAAGCCCGCUCGUGUGCAGAAGGGCAAUCGAAAGCCUCGCAACUCCAUAGUGUUCCAGUCACGCUUCAAGACGAAGAAGGGCCCGAAGAGAAACUUCUAUCAAAGGCCGCGUUCCGCGUCUCCUGCCCGCGUAGAAGUCGCAGGGAGCAUCAUGGCCAUCCUCCAGUGCGGCUGGGCAACCCUGUUCGCCAAUCUCUUGUUGCCGGUGGGCAUACUCUUCUUUUCCUCCGGAUUCUUCCCCUAUAAGCCGCUUCUCCCCGGUCUAGCAACUUUCAACGAUGUUGAACGAAAUGCCGCGUCUCCGGUCUUCGACAAAGUCAUCUUUAUGGUGGUAGAUGCAUUACGCAGCUUGAUUCGAGCAGGGGCGGCGCUGCCAUUUACUGCCCAUGCAAGCUCGCCUACGGUGACAAUGCCUCGGCUGAAAGCGAUGACCACGGGGUCUGUCCCCUCAUUCUUGGACGUUAUCCUGAACAUUGCCGAGUCGGAUACUACGUCGAAUCUUGCAUAUCAAGACACAUGGCUCGCACAAUUGAAAACCAGAGGAGAUCGGCUUGUGAUGUACGGGGAUGAUACGUGGCUCAAACUCUUCCCGGGAAUGUUUGACCGAGCUGAUGGAACGACGAGCUUUUUUGUGUCGGAUUUCGUGGAGGUUGAUCACAAUGUGACGCGACACGUGCCCCAUGAGCUUGCCCAAAGUGAUUGGUCUGCCAUGAUCAUGCAUUAUCUGGGCUUGGAUCAUAUUGGACAUAAAUCAGGCCCGAGAAGUCCCUUCAUGGCAUCGAAGCAUCAAGAGAUGGAUGCAGUGGUGAAUGAAAUAUAUACAGCCAUGCAGCAUGAGGCCCAUCUCCAGUCGACUCUUCUCGUCUUGUGUGGUGAUCAUGGCAUGAAUGAUGCUGGAAACCACGGCGGCUCAUCUGCCGGUGAAACAUCUCCGGCGCUACUGUUCAUAUCUCCUAAAUUGCAAGCCCUGGGGACUCAAUCGGAAAGUCCUGUUGAACCAUUGGGUGAUAUGCAGUACUACCAGACGGUCGAGCAAGCAGAUAUCACUCCAACGCUAGCGGGACUGCUCGGCAUGCCCAUUCCGUUGAACAGCUUGGGGGUUUUCAUCCCAGAGUUUCUCGAUAUGUGGGAUUCUGAGACCCAAAGACUCCAGAUUUUGGAACGCAACGCUCAGCAAUUACUGAACACGAUCAGAACUACGUUUUCCAAUUCUGCUUUUGACGACGAUUCGCUUGCAUCCGGUUGUGCAUCCAGUGCAGACUCUGGCAUUGAAGGUGCACAGUGCGCCUGGGCACAAGUCCAGCAACUUCGUUCAAGUAACAUUGCGGCGGACAAGGAAUUUUCGACCAUCGGCCCCGCAUUAAUGCGUUUCUCACGGACCGCGCAGGACGUCAUGAGCAGCACUGCUAGUAACUACGAUGUUUCCAGACUCUACCUGGGCUUAAUGGUAACAGGCAUUGCCGUGUUACUGGUUUCGCGGACCGUAUUUUAUGAAUGCGCGCGGUCCGCGCAUACGGGAGUGUUCUUGGCAUUCAUGAUUAUUGGCUACGGAUGCAUGAUGUUUGCGAGCAGCUACGUCGAAGAAGAGCAGCAGUUUUGGUAUUGGAUCUGGACCGGGUGGAUGUUCUACCUCCACGUUAGAUUCGAGUCAUCUCAGCCCAGCUCUUCGGGCAACACCCAGUCGCUCCUAGCUCGAUUCCCCGCUCUAGCCACUCUUGGACUGGCAAUAUCCCAAAGAAUCAUCAGAAGAUGGCAUCAAACUGGCCAAAAGUUCGCUGCAGAACCAGACAUCGCCCGUACAUUCUUCCCUGGUCAUCCCGCCAUCUUUUGGGGCUUGUUGAUUCUGACAUAUGUUGAUGCGGGCCGUCAUCUAUUUGAGAGCCUGCCAUUCGCAAUCUUGCCUCGUGCAAGCGCCUUGAUGAUUACAGCGCUUGCCUUCAUGUUCAAAGUGAACUUUGUAGCCGCUGAUUCGCCUGAACUCCUUGUUAACUCCUUUAUAUCAAGGGCCAUGGAGAUAUGGCCAUACAAUUUCUCUUUGGUUUGGCAAGCAAGACUUGUAUUUGGUGGUCUAGCUUGUUAUGUACUAUUGGCAUUUGUGAUUCGAAAACAGUCAGGGGUCGCGCAAACACCGAAAGCCCUCUUUCACGAAUCCCUCAAUCUUUUUCUGAUGAUGCAGUCCAGAGCCACCAACAUUCCACUGUUUCUUGCCUUCCGCGUGCAAGCCAAAAUCCUUUCUGCGAUGAGUCUUGAGGGUAUGGAAGUUACCGUGACGACACUGAUACUGCAGUACAUGACUUUCUUUGCAUUUGGAGGCUCGAAUGCAAUCUCAUCGGUAGAUCUGUCGAGUGCCUAUAACGGCAUUGGGAGCUAUAACGUGGUUCUGGUGGGCAUCCUCACAUUUGUGAGUAACUGGGCAGGCCCCAUCUGGUGGGCAUCCAUGAGCAACCUUCUUCACCCGCAACAAAUUCCGGGGGUCCACAGUCCUGCUGCGUUGUCGACAUUUCACAUCGCGGCUACGCUGGUCUCUGUUAUGGCCGCUUGUACAGCCCUGAGGGCCCAUCUUUUCAUUUGGACCGUGUUUUCGCCCAAGUACCUGUAUACCAUCGCAUGGGCGACAGGCAAUCAUGUUGCGAUCAACCUGCUGGGGAGCAUUGGUCUCUCAUAUCUUUAA